ACCUGCCUGAAGCAUUCCCCCUCCGCCUCCGCUCGCAGCUGCUUUGGCUCGUUUGCGUUUUUGGCCCCCUCCUUAUCACCACAUCUUCGCGCGCGAAUCUGUAAUGGCCGCCCUUCUGUGCCGUGGCCGUGGACUGUUCAGUGGAGCCGCCGCCCGCUUUUCGGCAACAAGCGCGGUGCGGGCGACCCCGAGCGACACGCCGAAGGUCAUCGCGAGCUUUCCCAACACGAAGCCCCACGCAGUCGUGGAUUGCAAGUCGGUCAACGGCGGGAGGCAGUUGUCUGUGGAGUUUGCCGACGGCACGCGCUACGAGGUGCACGCCUCGUGGCUGAGGGACUCCGCCCCGACCCGCGCGGGGGCCGACUACUACCGCAAGUCUGCGACGGACGACGUGUGGGGCAUGGGCGGGCUCAGGAUCUCCUGCGCGGAGUCGCACAGCGGCGGCGAGCGUCUGUCAGUCGAGUACGAGGGCGUGGAGGUGGGCCCCGCUGGGCCCGAGGUCUUCGAGGCGAAGUGGCUCCACUCGCUGGCGCCCUUCGUGGGGAAGGCCAUGCACGACGGGGCGGGCGGCGAGCGGUUCAUCCAGGGCACUGGCAGUCUGAUGGACCGCCUGCUCGGCGGGCGGACCCCCUGGUACAGCGGCGUCGAGAUCCCCGCCUUCGACGCCAGGCACCUGGAGUCGGACCUGGACGCGCAGGUGCAAUUCUAUGAGGCGAUGAUCUGCCCAGGCGUCGCCAUGGUGCACGGGGUCGGCACCCCGGACAGUCUGGAGAUGAAGCACGCUGGUGCCCCGCUCGAGGCUCAUUGCGAGAAGAUACUCGGCAGGCUUAACCAGCACCCGGUCAGGAGCACGAGGUACGCUUUCAUGCAGAAAAUGGCGCAGCCCCACUCUUUGGACUACGACCAUUCGAACCCGCUGUCCAUGCACACCGAUCACGCUGUGUACCAUGGCACGCCUGGCUUUCUGCAGUUCCUCCACCAGGCUCAGGGGCACGUACGCAGCAAGGUGGCCGACGGCCUUGCCCUGGCCGAGCACAUGAGGUUGGAGCACCCGGAUGCCUACGAGCUGCUGACAACGGUGAACAUCACGCACAGCUCCCGCAACGAGCUCUACACUGCGGACGGCUCCCCCCGCAACCCGGCAGACCCUGGCUCGCGGGGCGUCCCUUUCGAGCUGGUCCACACGCACCCGAUAAUCGUCCUCGACGGCAGCGGGCGCCUGGAGAAGGUCGUCCAGUCGGAGACCAAGCGCGGAGUCUGCGCUCUGCCUUUCUCCGUGUACGAGCCCUUCAUGGCGGCAUACAGGCUGUGGUCGCAGCUGUGCGAGGACCCGCGCUUCGUCCACCACUUUGACUGGCCAGAGGGGAGCGUGGUCGUCACCAACAACUGGCGCACCCUGCACGGGCGCGCCACGGUCAGGCCGGAGGUAGCCCGCACCCUGUGCAUCGGAUACGCCAACAGGAUCCUCGUGGAGAACCGCUACCGGCUGCUGAAGCAGCGUCAGGCCGAGCGCGCGAACCCCGCACUGGACCACCGCUGGCUGACGCGCGUGCCCAACCAGGCGCUUGAGAGGAUGGAUGGUGCUUUGAGCAGAUGCCCUGCGUGACUGCCGGCUGUUGCGACAAAGCACUUGACGUGAGUGAGCAUGGAAUCAAUCGGCAUCAAUGUGGAAUUUCGAUGCUAAGCGUGUCUUGGGGUACGUUGACACGUUCAUCCGCUGAUAUGGAAGAUCUUCACGUUAAAUUUUGGAACGUUCACGUCGGCGCGCCUCGCCCCUGCGCUCCCUGUGCCGGAAAGGGAAGAUUACGGGGCUCGACCCCCCGCGGCGCUGGGGGCGCUGGGGGUGCGGCCGCGCUGCCUGGUCCUUCGGGUCGGCUGCAGUUCUGUCCAGGUCGUGUACAGGUGACUGGGAGCAGGCUCGAGCCGUUUUUCGCCCCAGCUUGAUCUCUACGCUGCGAACGGGAGGAUCGCUCGAAGAAUACAAGCGCCAUAACCACAAACUAUCGUUUAUGUUUAUUGCCGCCUUUUUCUUCUCCCUGUCUUGGGGCUCGACCCCCCGCGGCGCAGGGCGUUCCGCCCCGCCCGCUGCCCGGAGGCGGCAGCGGCGGGUCGUCGUGGAGGGUGGACCGGUAUUGCAUGUUCACGAUGUUUCAACCUUUUUCGACACGUUGGCGCCAGUUUCGUGCUGAGGACCGCACGUUGGCGCUCGAGGCAGUCAACUCAGAGACUCAGAGACCAUCGCGCCCCAGACUGCGCUGCUCUUUUUUGGCGAAGAAGAAAUCGAGAGAG